AUUAUGCCAAAAGGAAAAGGUAUAAAAGUUUUGCAGCAAGUGCCAGCCGGCGAUAUUAACCGUCAACCGAAACUUCCAAACGACGCGCUUUUGAAAUUUCGAUUCCACUUCUUCGUCAAUUUCAAACGCAACUCGUAACAUCAUCACCGAUCCAAAAAUUCAUAAAUACCCAACAAAAACAACAACGGCAACAAUUGAUCCAACUGUAACAAUGGCUUCCAUCUAUACCUGCAUAGAAUGCGGCAUCAAUCUAAAUUUAAACACUGCUUGUCUCUACCCACAGGAUUUUUACUUCGACGCAGGCAACAAAGGCACACUCUCCUUCGCUUCAAUUGAUUCUACCAAGUUCAGGUUCGAGAAGGAAGAUAAGAUGAGACCCUUUUUUGAGACGAUCAAUUACUGGGGAAUUCAAAGAAAAAGGACCAAGAUUAUAUGUAAUAGCUGCGGAAAGCUUGUGGGUUAUGUUUAUGAUGAUGGGCCUCCUCUGACUGACAGUCCUGGUCAGUUUCACAUGGGUCCUAGUCAAGUAAUCCCCAGGGCUCCUAGGUAUCGGUUCAAGAUCAAGGCUCUUAGGAUCGCUUCAGAGACUUAAGUUUAAUUUUAUGAUAGUAAAAGGGUUUUGGGUAAAAUAGGUUGGUUUGGUUAAUCUUGGUUGGGACUCUUGUAUAUAUGUUAAUAAAGUUUGAAAUUUGUAUUGCAUCUCUUACCUGUUUAAAAAGAUGGUUUUCUUGUUGUGUCUUUGAGCAUUCUUGAUAUAAAUGGUAGCAUUUCUUCUCAAAA